ACAAAUUUUCCUUUCUUUCCCUUAAACGAUGAAAACCUCCAUCGUCCUUUUAUUGGCAGCUCUCCUCUGCCUUGUCGCUUUUCCGACCACAACCGUCGGAAAAUAUUGGCCGAACGAAGGAGGAUGGCCACAUCCGUCAAAAGUCUCCAGAAACGAGAUGACGUUUUUGAACACUCUCCAUAGUAUCAGCUAUGGAGAUUCCAAAGUGUGGAAAUGUACUUAUAGCAAUGGAUCUGCUCCAGCUAUUUCUAUUUCUCCAUCAACGCCGUUUCCGACAGUACCAUCAACACCUUCAACUCCAUCAACACCUUCCCCUUCACCUCCAGCUCCCAAAAAGUCUCCACCGCCACCAACACCGUCUCCUCCGCCUCCAGCUCCUAAAAAAUCUCCACCGCCACCAACACCGUCUCUUCCACCUCCAACGCCGAAGAAGUCUCCCUCUACGCCUUCAACACCACCUCCAGCACCCAAGAAGACUCCAUCUACGCCUUCAACACCGUCUCUUCCACCUCCAACGCCCAAGAAGUCCCCAUCUACGCCUUCAACACCGUCUCUUCCACCUCCAGCGCCCAAGAAGUCUCCAUCUCACCCACCAAGUGAUGAUCACUCGUCAUCUCCAUCAAAUCCACCUCCGAGUAGCCAUCAUCAUAAUCAGAAUCCAUGGGAAUACAUCUCCAGCUGUUGGAGAAACAUGGGACCUGUUGGGAUGUGUCGGAUGCAGAUGGAAGCCAGUUACUUCACGAGGUUGUUCCGUGUUAGUGACUAUUGUUGCAACCUUGUUGUCAACAUGAAAAAUGAAUGCGACGAUGUCGCUUGGGGAUUCUUCAAUGAUCCAUUCUUUGUUCCUCUUGUUCGUUACACUUGCCAUGUUACAUGCUAGUUUGUCUGUUUUUUCUUGAUUAAUUAGGGUUUUUCUUCUUUGAUAAUUUAUUUCUUGUUUUGGUUCGUUUAGUCAUGCAAUAUUGGUUGCCGUUCAUAUCUAAUGAACGAUCUUUUGUCAAAGU